CAUCUGUGACAGACAUGUUCUGAAGCGAGCAACCAACAGUAGGAUGAAGGCGGUGUUGAGGACUAGAAGACGGCGGCUCUUCCGUCGGCUCUGCUGUUGUGGAGUAGGACUCAUAGCCUUCACCUGGAUGGCACAAAUAUUGCACGUAACAGACACAGAUCACCCCAGCUCCCUCUCCAGUGAGGACCACUCCAUCGCUGACCGGCCCACACGCCGGCUGAUGCAGGCCGUGGAACAGAACCACACGUCCGAUCUGCCCCGUGCUGCGAUACACGAGUUCCCGCAGGACAUCUUCACCAAGGAGCAGCGGAGACGCGGCGCGGUGCUGCUGCACGUGCUCUGUGCCAUCUACAUGUUCUACGCUCUCGCACUCGUCUGUGAUGACUACUUUGUCCCCUCUUUGGAGAAAAUCUCAGAGAACCUGCAGCUCAGUGAGGACGUUGCAGGGGCAACCUUCAUGGCAGCUGGCAGCUCGGCACCAGAGCUCUUCACCUCACUGAUUGGUGUGUUCAUCACUAAGGGAGACCUGGGCGUGGGUACCAUUGUAGGGUCUGCCGUGUUCAAUAUCCUGGUUAUCAUUGGCGUGUGUGGAAUCUUUGCUGGACAGACUGUUUACCUGACCUGGUGGCCGCUAUUCAGAGACUGCCUGUACUACAUCUUCUCUGUGCUGGCCUUGAUACUGGUUAUCUAUGAUGAGAAAGUUAUUUGGUGGGAGACAAUCAUCCUGAUAUCCAUGUAUGGCAUCUACAUUCUCAUCAUGAAGUUUAACACUCAGAUCUGGGGGUUUGUGGAGAGGCGCUGUGGGGGCCCGGGACAGCCCUGCCUGGUCACCGCCAGGCGCCGGGACGGGGCGGUGGGAGAGGGCGGGACCAACUGUGACACCUCCAUGGUGCUGCUGAGGAAAGGUCAGUCUCUCCCCGGGCAGGAGUCCCCAGUGCUGAUGGUGGACGAGCUCUUCAGCCUGCACCCGCACCAGUUCUCCUUCUCCGAGGCCAGCCUGCGCAUCAUGAUCACCCAGCACUUCUCCCCCAGAACCCGCCUCAGCAUGGCCGGACGCAUGCUCAUCAACGAGAGGCAGCGGCUGAUCCGGAACAGGAGCCCCGGGGGCAGCAGUGGCAGUGGGGCGGGGCCAGGGGACACCCCAGUGAAAGCGGGCUUAGGGGUGGAGGGUGGCACCUGGGGUCUGGAGAACGGGGGCACCCUGGAGAACGAGCGGACCCCCCUGGAUGAGCCCGGGGAGAGGGGCGAGGGUGGGGGGCCGGGGGGAGACAUGGAGGCGGAGAACACUCAGCGUGAGGAGGAGGAGGAUGAUGAUGAUGCACCAUUCAGUCCCCUGAAGAUGCCCGGGGGGCACUGUCAGAAGGUGAAGUGGCUGGUGUCCUGGCCCCUGGCAUUGCUGCUGUACUGCACUGUGCCCAACUGCGUGCGUCCGCGCUGGACCCGCUGGUUCAUGGUCACCUUCAUGGGCUCCACGCUGUGGAUCGCCAUCUUUUCCUACCUCAUGGUGUGGAUGGUCACCAUCAUCAGCUUCACCCUGGACAUCCCAGACGUCAUCAUGGGCAUCACCUUCCUGGCAGCAGGCACCAGCGUCCCUGACUGCAUGGCCAGCCUCAUCGUCGCCCGACAAGGCAUGGGUGACAUGGCUGUGUCCAACUCCAUUGGUAGCAAUAUUUUUGACAUCCUCCUGGGCCUGGGGUUCCCCUGGGCCCUGCGCACUCUGGUGGUGGACUACGGAUCUGUGGUCUUCAUCAAUAGCAAGGGGCUGGUGUACUCUGUCAUCCUGCUCCUGGCCUCCGUCACGCUCACAGUCCUGAGCGUACAUCUGAAUCACUGGAAGUUGGACCGGAGGCUGGGGUUGUGUCUGAUGUUCCUCUACGCUGUGUUUGUGCUCUGCUCCAUAUUUUUCGGGCAGCUGUAGGUGUUCGAUGCAGAGGGCACGCCAGAGGUCGGCUGUUGCCCUCUAGCAUACAGUACAACUCCUUGCCAGGGCAACAUCUAUGAUUGUGCCCUUGCAAUGAAAGCGUGCCAUGCUUACACAUACUGUACACUAGUACCUUUCACCACGUACAAAAAUAAUAUCACCGUGUCUUCAGGUAGGUUAGGUUAUCCUAUUUGUUAUUAUUGUACCCUAAUUGACUUGACCUUGAUUCAGCAUUGUAUGUGUUGAGAUGUCUAGUUAGCAUUACGGCUCUUGUGGAGAAUAGAAGGCAGUGGUUCUGGGAGAAGACCGGUGUAGGCCAGCGUUGCGGAUACCCAGACCACACACUGGCCCUUGUUUUGUGAAUUGGGUGUAUAACUAACUAGCCAGUAGAAAACGUGAAAAAUACUCUAUAAAGAUGCAGUAAA